GCCGAUCCCGUAGAUGGCGCAGCCGCGGUUCGAGAGGUCGCCCCUAUCGACUCAUCAAAAUAAAAAAAUAAGCUUUUGCUGCCGUAUAACAAGGUCAACAACUUUAUUUGCUCGAAGAUCAAAAUUUUCCGAAAAGGACAGUUGAUAAACAUUAUCCGUGAUGUGAUUUCGGUGGAAAUCUCGUUUGGGAGCCAAACAGGUCGAGGGUGAUUUUCACAUUGGAAAAAUGUUCCUCCCGACGUGAUCGAAUUGCAGGAAAUGUAAAGAUCGCGACUCGGCACAAUGUCCGAAGCUGCGGAUUGCUACAACCUCGUUCCCCAAAUAACGGACACAGGUACGAGCUCCAACAUAGUUAAGACGAACCUUAAGUCCCAAGAGCUGGAUCUCAAGGACUGUUUGUUGAAUGGUGAAGUUAGAGACUACGGGGCGUAUCUCCCCAACAACAAUGUAUGUGAUAAUGAGUUGGCCGAUGUUACUUCGGCCUCCGGUUGUAGUGAGCUGAAAGAUGAUGAUUUUGGCGAGAGUGAGUGUACUAGUGAUUCAAACAGGACUUUGGUUGGCGAACACGGUGAGGAGUUUAGUAAAGAUGGGGACGUGAGCUCUUUGAAUCAGCCAGAUACAAACAAUACAAACGAAAACAGCAGUAACACCGAGUCGAGUCAGGAGCCUCACUCUUUGGAAAUUCUUAAACCUUCGGAAGAGGACGAUUUAGACAAAUCGUCGGUCAAUAGCGACAGCUUUGCCAAUUUUGACCACAGCAAUGGAAUCAUUAAAAAAACUGGCAAGAAGAAGAAACUCUCUAGCGGCCCGGGGAGGGGCAGACCUCGCAAGGCCCACGUAGCCAUGUACCAUAGUCAGAUUAGCGGGGAUAAAAACACCAUUAAAAUAAGGAUUAAAAAAAGUAACUUCAGCACUACAGUACAACAGCUAACUCCGACCAAAAAGAAAUCGGGUCGCCGAAAAAAACACAAGGUGCACUCGGACACCGACAAUUCGGAUUACGAGAAGAAGCCAAAACGCAGUCGCCCCAGUGGGGCCCACGACAACGACGUCACGAGCACGCAAGACGUCGAACCAUUGGAGCAGAGCGGUUGGGGCGAUCCGGACAAGAUGCCCGUUGAUAUCCUCCUGAGGAUAUUUGAAGAGGUUUGCGCUCAAGAAGGCUCUCUCCCAGUGCUAGUUAGUAUAUGUAAGGUGUGUAGAUUAUGGCGGGACAUAUCUUUAACUCCAUCGUUGUGGAAGAAAGCCGACCUCAACUACGUCAAGGAGAAAAACCGGACGGAUUUGAGGUUGCAUUGGCUGAUUUUGAAUAGGUUGACGGAGUGUCGUGAUCUGAAUAUGGGUGAAUGGAAGGUGAGGGACAUUCAGUCCGUUUUGGAGGCGAUGUGCGAGCACUGUCCACGACUGCGGGGCCUCAAUCUGAGCGGGUGGAAGGGUUUGAAUGCGGACAACCUGAAAUAUUUGACGACCGAGUGCAGGACCCUGGAAAGGUUGGAUUUGUCCUCGAUCCACUCGACGUCGGCCAUCAACGCGCAGCCCCUGGUCACCCUCAGUCAGACCAUGAACGCCCGUCUCACCCAUUUGGUUCUGGCCCACAACAAGAUCGCCGGAUUCAUGCAGAUCAUUUCCGGCAUAUCGGCCCAUUGUCCGAACCUUCAGCUACUCGAUAUCUCGAAUAUAAAAACCUUCGCCCACAACACCGCCCUGCUGCACGUCGAAAAGCUACAAACCGGCUGUCCGAAGUUAAGGGUGCUGCGCAUCACCAACAGCCAGGUGUGGCUCGCUCCGGCCAGUCUGCCCGAACAGGUCGCUUCUCCCGGUUUUCCCAUGCUGGAGGAGCUUUCGCUGGCCGGUCUAGAAGAGGACCAAACGACAACUUCGAGGUCGAUGGACGACGACGGAAUAGAGAGGCUGUUAAAAUCGAGCACGAAACUUCGCUUGCUGGACGUCAGAGGGUGCAGCAAGCUGACCGACUCCGGGCUGGUCCGGGUGCCCGCGUGGGACCUGGAGCAUUUGUUCUUGAGCGCUUGCUACAUAACGAGGCUGCAAAAUUCAGGUCUUGAACUGAUCGUCCAAAAGUGGAGUCACAGUCUCCUCGAGGUUGAUCUCGCUUGGUCGACGGCGACGGCGUCACUGGACGCCGCUGUAUUCGCUUUGGCCGAAAAGGGACCUGAAUCUAAAUUAAGGAUACUGAACUUGUGCGGGUCGUCGGUGAGUCUGGAACCGGUGAAAGCCGUCCUGACCAAGUGUCCCAGCUUGAACUCGAUCAACCUGCAGUCAUGCAGGGCGCUCCCUAGGGGCGUGAAGAGGCUUUAUACAGGGGCGGCGGUCGCCGAACUAAGGGACAGUCUAAACGAGAAAAAGACUGAGGCCAGCGAAUCGGAGGGCGGGGAGAAAUCGGCGUCCACGUCGCCGAAAGAAUAACUCCUCCCAGUACGUUCCAAGGAGUGGAUCUUUAAACCUGGUUUAUGCAAAUAUUUUUUUAAUUGUACGUUUUGAGUUUUUACAGUGGCACAAACUUGACGCCGCCCUUAAAAAAAUGCCCCCUCCCCGAGCUUUAAAAGUUAAAUCCAACAGAAAUCGUGUCUACCUGGAAAAUUCAAAAUGGCCGACUCUUAACAGCUGAUUUUAAGUUUUACCGGUCUAUAACGAACUUAGUUUGUAUUUGACGCGUUUGAUUCGUUUUGUUUUUUUCUAUCUUUGUCAACGUUUUUCAGCGCAUUUUCCUUCGAUAUAGCUCAUUAAAUAUGUACAUUUAUUUAACAAAAUAUUCGCAGAGAUCGAGCACAUGGUAUUAAAUAAAAAAGAUUUAAAUUUUAUGAAAAAAGUUCCGAUAAAUGUCCCAAAAAUGCGUUGUUUCCAAUGUAAAAGUUUUUUUUUAAAUAUUUUUUGAAUUAUUUCUAAAGAAAAAUUAAACAGCGCCGUUAUGGUUGGGGGGGGGGGGCAACUUUUGCCAAAAAAUCGUUUACAAAGUUAGAUUUAAAAAAUAGUAACUUUUAAAAAUCUACAGCAGCUUAGGUGAUAAAAAAAAACUCAAAUUUUUGAAAACCGAAUUUUGUUAAUUUUGAUAAGAAACGUUAUCUCAAAGCGCGUUUCGCAACUUGGGGGGAUUAGUAUACAGUACCUGUCUUACUAAGUAAUACUAAACAGUAAUAAUGACAAAAAAGGAAUACAUCGGAAAUUAAAAAAAAAUCGGUCGAUUUCUAGAAUCUCCUUGAAUAUUCGCCCACCCUUGUGAUAAGACGUCGUUUAUUUCGCUCGUAACACUAGUUGCUUUUCUUGUCUGGUGGGUGCCGCGAGUUCUAGAUAAAAUAUUCUUGUUACUAUGACUUUCGAGGACGUUUCGCUUCGGAUGGGAGCGAAAGCGAAGUAAAUUGUUUAGUUUUGGUCAGUUCGCUAAAUUUAGUCCCGUCCGGCACGCAACUUCUUGUAGGGGGCGCUUUCACCACAAGACGGUUUAAUCUCUAUAUCGUGUUGUUUUGUUUCAUCGGUCAUUUGCAGGUUUUUUUGUCACUAUCGAAGCUACACAUGGUGAUAUACAGAAAAAAACGCGUUAUAUUGCAAAAUCGCGAAUAUCGGUGAUAUCGAUAGAGGGCAGGGAGAGCGUUGCGAUCGAUGCGAGAGAUUUGGCCGCAAAAUACGCUAAAAAAACUUCAUAACAUGCCUCUAUACAGGACGUUUCAAGAUUCGGUGCGAAGGUUUUGAGCACUUGGCACUUCACAGCCGACCGGGUAAAUGCAAAAAAGGUGUUUUGAAAAUUGGAAACGAAGCUAGAUACGAAAAAAAACGACAGGAAAAAAAAUCAACCCUCAAGGAAUCAGUGGCGUUUUGUUAUUUUACCCAUAAACGUCAGCACCGUCUGAGACACUGCUGGAAUGAAUAAUUGGGUUUCGAUUAACGCUAAAUAAAAAUAAAAUUACGGCAACAAUUUUUUUUUCUUAGAGUCGAAGCUAUAACUAAAUAAACAAAAAAGUUUCUUUUCUGAUUCCUUAAUCUAAAAAAAUAUUAAAACCUCAAAGAAUCAGUGGCGUGCCAUUAUUUUACCUAUAAAUAUCAAUUGGAGCACUCUCUGGGACACCGCUGGUUUUGUCAAAAUUAGCCAAAAGAUUUUUGAGUAAUUAAUUUAAAAAAAAAAUCGGAACGUCUAGAAAAGUUAGCGGCAAUAGUUUUUAAUUUUUAGCUUGGAGACGAAGGUAGAUACCAAACUAACGAAUGGGACAAAAAAAAAAUUCGUUUCUGAUAUGUGGCCCUUAAAAUCCUUGUACUGAAUUUUGAAACACCAUGUAAGCUAAUAUCUGGUUGUAAUAAAAAUGAUAUUGUGUUUUUUUUUUAAGUAAUAUAUCAAUUAUUUUGCAAUAUGAAAUAAGAGUAAUUUUUUCUUCUUAAAAAACCUGGUGAUUUUAUUUAAUUUUUUUAAUUUUAUAAUGAGAGACACUUUACACUUUAAACUGAUAUACCACCAUGUAUUUGGCCAGCGAAAAUAUAGGUGAAUUUUUAUAUACACUGCCCGGAAAAAUUGAAGUCGGUUUAAAGGAUCUGUAUAAUACAGAUUGUCGCAAAAUAAAAGAAACGCCGGUUUAUCUGUACAUAUAAGCCCAAACUAAGAAUUUCGAGAAUUUACCAAAAGAACGUUAGUGGUGUACAAAAAUGUUUAGUUAUACGAGACCAUUAUUAGGUUUUCGUUUUCGAUUUAAUUUUUUCGGCGCGUCUAAACGAUUUUCGUGUAUUCUUUUAAACGGAAAUAUUUUAUGUACAUACAAAACAAAAAAAGAAUAACUUAGAAAGUUGCCCUAGUAAAUGUUAGCGAGGAGUUUCCGUUGUUAAUGUGGCGUUUUACGAUUAGUUUUUUUUAUACGACGGGGUAUUUUGAAAUUUCUACGGCACGUAAUAAAGUUUGUUGUAAAUAAUAAAAUAGAGUAACAAAAGAAGUCGUAGGGAUCGAGGAGGAACGUUUCUAGAAAAACUUUUUCCGUAUAUUAUGUUUAAUCGAUAUGCCUUUGAACACUCGGAUAUAGAGAAAAAUAUUUAUUUUCAAAAUGCCCUGUGCACGGCAAAGGCGAAAAUGAAAAAAAGAUUUUUAAAAUUAUUUAAGAGGUCGUUAUGUUAUUUUAUACAUAUACAUUUGUGCACUUAAGAAGAAUAUAUAUGUACUAAUACUAUUGUAUAUUUAUAUAUAAAUAUAUGAUUUAGGUUA